UUCAUCAAUUUCACAUUAAAAAAUUUCAUCAGCUGGCCCUUGCUUACGUCUAUCCUGUGAUAAAUUGGUGUAUUUGUAAUACUUUUUGCUUCCUAAAUUUUUACUCGUAAGCCCAAUCCAGUCUAUCAUUCUUCUCACAUCCGUCCACGUUUCGUAUUGGAUUGUUUGUAAAUUAGUGUUUUAUUUAUCGCAUACUUUUAAUUUUUAUUAAGCGUUCAGUAAAUCAUUUGAUCUCGACUGUAUUGAGAAAUGUGUUGGCGAUGUGCAACAAUCUCAUAAUAACAAUUGUAUUUUUUUGUAAAUAAUAAUUAUUAUUAUAUUUUGAAAAAUUAAACGAUGAGUUCGAACGUACAUUCAGUGAACGAUGUGAUUGAACACUACAAGAGACACAUCAAUCGAGCAUGUGAUGCUAAUGAUAAUGAAAAGAUAAUGUAUUGUAUUACUAAACUUACUCGCCUUCCUAUUAGAGUCCAAAACUUACAAAAAACUGGUAUUGGUCGUGUAGUUAACAGUUUAAGAAAAUAUGAUGGAAAUAUUGGAGAGGCGGCAAAAUCUUUAGUUAUUAAAUGGAAAAAUAUUGUCAAAAUAGAAGAAUCAGAAAACUUUUAUCAAAGAGAUGAUAACUCUGAAGACGAGCAUCAUGAAGUUUCUUCAACAAAUGAUAAUGAAGAACUUCAAAUUAACCAAAGUAUUACUUCUAGUGUUGCAUCAACCAGCUACUAUAAUAAAAAUCCUGAACCUGAAAUACCCAUUGAAACUAAUAGUAAUGAUAGUGAUCAAGAGUUACCUCGUCAACAUCAUCAUCAUGAUAAAUCUAAAUAUAAAAAAAGCAAAAAAGAAAAAGAUGGUAAAAAACGAAAGGAAUAUGAUUCAAGCUUAACAGAAGAGCACAAUGAAUCGAAUUCCUCAAAAAAAGUCAAACGUGAACAUAAAUCUGAUAAGCAUGAUAGUAAAAAACAUAAAAGUCAUUCUGGAGUAAAUGAAAAUGUUAAUAAAGAAUUGUCCAGUAAAUACUCAGAUAAAAACAUGGAAUCUCAUGUCAAAAAAGAAAAGAAACGGUCUCACUCUGAUACAAAAAAAGACAAACAUAAAUCAGUCUCUAAACAUUACAAUGAAAAACAGGAAACAAAAUCUAGUCAUAAAGACAAAAAUGAAUCAAAAAAAUAUGAAAAAGAGAAAACUAGUGAAUUACAACCUUCCACAAGUAAAUCUUCUAAUAAUAGUUCUAAAACUUUUGAAGAAGCUCUACUUGGUAUAGAAGUUGGAAAAAAAAAAGGUACUAAAUCCAAAAAUAAAGACUUUUCAAGCCAAUCCAGUCGAUCAAGUUCAUCUGAACGGGAAAUAAGCCCUCCUCUACCAGAAUCAAAAUUGAAACCAGUGACUUUAAAUCCUGAAGAACUCAUUGCUAACUAUAAGCCGUUACCUCAAUUAGAUAAACAAAAAAAAAAAGUAGUUGAAGAUAUUGAUCCAUUAGCAUCAAUAAUGACCACAAAAAAUAUGAGAACAAAAGUUUAUUCUGGAAAUAAGAGCACGUAUUAUUCAGAAGUUCCUAAGUUACAUGACAUUUGUAUUCAAAUUAUAAAGGACAACUUGGAUGCUCUGGAAUAUACUGGUGGAGUUCCUUUUGUUAUUCUUGAACCAAUUUUGAAAUAUGCCACUCCUGAUCAGUUGUAUACUUUAGAAUAUUAUAAUAAUUACUUGAUAGAAGAUACAGGAAAAUUUUGGGAAUUUCACUGUAAAAAAGAAUUUAGGAAUAAAGUACCAGACAAUGGUGAAACAUGGAGAGAUUUUUAUGUAAGGUGUCUUGAAGAACGCGAGACAAAGUUAGCCAAACUUAGGCAAAAUAUUAAUGCAAAUCAAGCAGCUUCUACACCAGUACGAAAAACACAAAUUGCUUUUUUUGAUACUGCAGUUAAACCACCUAGGAACAUUGCAAAAAAACAGGCGAAGUACCAAACGUCUAUUGACAUAAAACGUAAUAUUAUCAAUAAAUCAAUGAUGGGUGAAAAUUCUACAGUUGAGGCUAUGUCUGCUAAUAAAAAAUCCACGGCAAUGGCAACAGGUACAGCAGUUUCACUUUCUUCUACUAAUUCUACUGCACCAGGUUUAAUUAAAAAGAAAAAAGCACCUCUUAUGCAGAAAGCUCUUCAGCUUAUUAGAACAAGAUACAAGCGUUAAUUCUAAAACUAAAUUUUUAAAAUGUUAUGGGAAAAUUGCCUCAAUUAAAAACUUGGUAUUCAUUGAAG